CUCCUCAACCACAGGGCAAAUUGUCCUUGCAGGGCUGAUUGCUGAGGCCUCGAUAUCGAUAGUAGUGGGGAGAAAAAACCAAUCCAACGACUGGCGACAUCACAGUCACCACGCACCCAAAAUUCCAAAACGUUCAGGAAACCGCAUCCGAACCCCAAUCCUCCCAAAUUCUCCAUCGCCAUGGCUCUCUCCUCCCUCUUCAUCACCCUCCCCGUCCCCAAGGUCCCUUCCUCCAACUCCCGCCGCUUGCUCACCGCCCGGGCGUCCUCCGCCGCCGCUCCCGCCGCCUCUGCUUCCUUCGACCUGCGCCGCUACUGGACCUCUCUGAUCGCCGAUGUGGAGUCCGAACUCGACGCCGCGAUGCCCAUGCAGCCUCCGGAGAGCAUCCACUCCGCCAUGCGCUACGCGGUGCUCCCGGGCGCCGGCAAGGAGGGCGCCGCCAAGCGGGCGCCCCCCGUGCUGUGCGUCGCCGCGUGCGAGCUCCUCGGGGGCCCGCGCGCGGCCGCGCUCCCGGCCGCCGCGGCGCUGGAGAUGCUCCACGCGGCGUCGCUCGUGCACGACGACCUGCCCUGCUUCGACGCAGCCCCGACGCGGCGCGGGCGCCCGUCCACGCACGCGGCGUACGGCACCGACAUGGCCGUCCUCGCGGGGGACGCUCUCUUCCCGCUCGCCUACACCCACGUCAUCUCCCACACCCCGUCCCCGGACCCGGUCCCGCACGCCGUCCUCCUGCGCGUCCUCGCGGAGCUCGCGCGCGCCGUCGGAUCCACCGGCAUGGCGGCCGGCCAGUUCCUCGAUCUGGCCGGCGCCACCGCCCUUGGCGAGGCCGAGGUCAUGCAGGUCCUGACGAAGAAGUUCGGCGAGAUGGCCGAGUGCUCCGCCGCCUGCGGCGCCAUGCUCGGUGGGGCAGGGCCCGACGAGGAGGCCGCGCUGCGGCGCUACGGCCGCACCAUCGGCGUCCUGUACGAGCUCGUCGACGACGUCCGGAGCGCGUCGGGCAACGGAAAGAUGAGGAGGAACGCCAGCGUCCUGCGCUCCCUGGGGAUGGACCGCGCGCUGGGCAUUGUGGAGGAGCUCAAGGCUCAGGCCAAGACAGAGGCUGACAGGUUCGGGGACAAGUAUGGCGAUCGGGUGCUGCCCUUGUACAGCUUCGUGGACUACGCGGUGGAGAGAGGGUUUGAGCUCCAGGGUGCAGCGGCAACUUCAUAGAGUGGACGAUUGCAGUUGCUACUGAACAUUGGAGGCUUGGAGCUAGCGAGAUGUAUAUGUUCCGGGAAUUUGGUGAGAGCUUUAUCUGGCAUAGAUGUAAUCCCUCUUUUAUCUAGAUGUUCUGAAGCUCAUAAUUCUGGGGUUGGUUCAUAUGGACAGUUGUUAUCCCUGCCCCAGCAUUAGAUUAGAUGUUUAGAACUUGAAACUGGCUUUGAUGUUUGUAGUAAGUUAAUAAAACAAAAUGGUAAAUGAACGGAAGGUCUCACUUCAGGCUCAUGCAA